AUGGAGGUGAAGGCGGGCCAAGCAGCAGUAGAACGGUGGGUGUGCAGUAAGGACGGCUCAACUCUUCAGGCGGUGCACGAUGCAGAGCAGUUUCGUGCACCACGUCCCAUGCUGAAGAUACUCUCACCCGAGAAGGGGUGGCCGUGCUCGCUGCGGGAGGAGCUCGAUGUGAAAGACUGCUACGUUAACUGUGAGGUGGAGCGGGUGUGGCGGAUCGUCCAGGGCGACCCAACCGGAGAGUUUGGCACUGAGGACUUGGAAGGGUUUAACGAGGGGCGGCGUCUCUUGAUCGGGACGCCCGGGACCGGGAAGUCGAUGGCUGCCGGCUCCUACCUCCUCUGCCAGCUGCUGCGCCGCAAUGACGGGCAACUCCACGUUGUUGUCUACUGCCUUGGGGGAGAGUUGACGUACGUGUUUGGCAAAACCAACAACGCGGUGGCGGAGCACGCGAGUGCGGGUAGUAUCACCGGUGUUAUUAACGACUUGGCUGGACACGAAAAGAGCGGGUAUAUUAUCAACGGCGUGGAUGCGCACGGCCACGGACCGACGGAAGAUUUUCAGUCCCCCAAGUCAUGGGGCGUCAAUGUGUUGUCCUCCCCAAACGAAAACAACUUCAAAGCGUGGGAGAAGGCCAAUCAGGCCGCGCGAAUCGUCAUGAAUUGCCAGGGCGAGAACGAUGUGAAGGCGAUGUGUGCCUGGGAGACGCGCCACAGUCCUUUGAGGAUGCAAGUGGAGCACUGGGAGAUGGUCAAGAAACACAUGUCUUUUGUGGGGCCCGUGCUGCGCUGCGCCUUCGACAAGGCAGCCUUUGAGGAGCUCUUUGCCGGCGCCCAUGGCGCAGUGAACUCAAUCGACUCGUCAAAUGCCGAUUAUUACAUGGGCGUGGAGUUUGCGGCAAAUUGGACGGAGCCCCAUGUGUCUCACAAAGUUGUGAACAUUGUCCGAUUGACGAGGUCUGCUGUGGUUGAGGCAUUUUACGACGAGUACCUCUCCGACCGCCUCGCGACGGUGACAAUGCUCAUGGUGGCGAAGUUGAGGUCGAUGCCUUUAAUGCUGAAGCUGCUGCUGCGUCGCAGGGACGCGGGGUUGCCGGUGCCCCCGAAGAGGUUUGGGAUGGUGGCGUUUACGUUUGGCGGCUUUGCGGUGAGGGUGCCAAAUGGCCACGUGGAGCUGCCUUUGCCAGGCGGAGGCAGAGCGGGGUACUGUGUGGUGAAGCUAAACCGGCUAGUGCGCCCAGCAAAAUUGUUGAACUACAGAGCCCUGAAGACCAUCUUGAUGGAGGUGGUGAGUUCGUAG